GAAAUAUUCGAGGCAGGUCGUCAGCCACAUUUUAAGAUAUUUGAUGCGGAUGCAAAAAUUCAAAAAAGGUUUUUGGCGUCAUAAUGUCACGAGAUUAUGUUUUUCUUCAAGUUUUUACUUGAGCAUUUAAACCCAUAGGAAUUAUAUGAUCCUGAAGGUUAAACUAAAAACUAAUGGUUACUUCUGAAGAUUUUAAUCACACAAAACGGAGUAAUUAGUAAAGAAAGACGGUUGCAAGUGCUCCUGAGCGGGAUGUAGGCUUGAAAAGUUGACCUGUCCGACUUGAUCGCAGUGUUUUGUUUCCGCCUCUCACUGCUGUCGCCUGUUUUCUAAGCGAGGCGCUGUUUUUCUCGAACGAGCAGAUGAUCUUUUUUCUAAUCAGAUAUAGGGGGACGUCGUGUCACCUUUCAUAAUACGGAUCGCUUUAAACGGACAUGCCAAUCAAUGGAUCCACCUACAACUACAGCUCCGGUUCAGAACGACAGUGCGUCAGACUCAGCUUGGAGCUGGUGGCCAUCCUGGCGUCCAACCUCCAUGUCUCUGUUAAAGACUGCAGAGUCCAAGAUUCUUGCAUGUAUUCAGAAUGACCUGUGGGCCAGGUUUGUGACUUUACCAAACCAGGAUCGAAUAUGGACGUUGACCCUCACCAACAAAGCAGCCCACAAAGAGCCAGGACAAGCCACUAGGACGCCCCUAGUGAUGGUCCAUGGCUUCGGAGGAGGGGUGGGCCUGUGGAUCAGGAACCUGGAUGCACUGAGUCAGUCACGGCCCGUGUACGCCUUUGACCUGCUUGGCUUCGGUAGGAGCUCCAGACCAACGUUCCCCAAGGAUGCGGCCAAGGCAGAGGAGCAGUUUGUCACCUCGAUAGAACAGUGGAGACAGUCUGUGGGCCUGGAGAACAUGAUUCUCCUGGGACACAGUCUGGGGGGAUACCUGGCUACGUCCUAUGCCAUUCAGUACCCUUCAAGGUCUUCCUCCUGCAGGGUGUCACACCUCAUCUUGGUGGACCCCUGGGGUUUUCCUGAGAGACUCCAGACAAACACUGAGGCGGGUCAGAGGACCGAGGUGGUGAAGAGGCCGACGCUUCCACGCUGGGUGAAAGCUGUUGCAGCCGUGGUUUCCCUCUUCAACCCACUGGCGGUCAUCAGAGCUGCCGGCCCGUGGGGCCCUGGCUUGGUGAACAGGUUCCGCCCUGACUUCAAAAGCAAGUUCGAAGAUCUCUUUGACGAUGACACCAUGACUCAGUACAUCUACCACUGUAAUGCACAAACACCUAGUGGAGAGGUGGGUUUCCGGGCCAUGUCAGAGUCUCUGGGCUGGGCCAAACGGCCGAUGCUGCAGCGGGUUCAUCUGCUGCCUCACUCUAUUCCCCUUACUAUGCUGUAUGGAGAAUGGUCCUGGGUGGACAACUCAUCUGGGGACACAGUGCUCCAGCUUAGGGACCAGGCUCCCACCAGAGUGAUGGUGAUAAACAAAGCCUCUCACCAUGUGUACGCUGACCAGCCGGAGGAGUUCAACAGAGUGGUCCAGAAUAUAUGUAGCUCAGUAAACUGACUAAAGAAAUUCAUGCAGCUGUGGACUGUGUGCCUGUACGAUCAGACGGGGUGAAGCGAUUUGUAGUUUUAUACAUAACUUUGAAUGUUUCAUCAGACUUGAGCUCUUAUACUACAUUAUGUUCCUAGUUGUUGUUUUUCUUUCAUUAAGUUGAUGAAACAUCAGCUCUGGUUCCCCAACUCCCACUUUUACUUGUGCCUAUUGUUAACAGUUAAGUACUGUACUCCUACCGCCCCCAGUGUGUAAAAGAUCUAAUUGUAUUUUAUAUCUUUAAAAUAAUAAAAGCUUUAUUGAUAAAUUA